CACACAAACAGUUACACCUUAAUUAUUCACAGCCUGUUACUCCUUACACUCUCGCACUUCCACUCUCCCCCAAAUUUAAAGUACUCCAUUAAAUCCCUUUAUCUCUUCUCUUCUCCUCUCCUAAAGCCUAAAAGUAACCAAACCUUCAAACUAAAGUUUCUCCCUUCCCUAUUCUCCUUUUUAAUCCUUACUUUACUACUCUCAAUGAACUUCUUUUCUAUAAUUAUUUUCCUUAAACCAAACGUUAAUUUUUGCAUAAUAACUACCCAUUAAACCCACAUAAAAUCCCACCUUUUUUUUUUCUUAUCUUCCAUCAAUGUCAAAAAGGGUAACCCUUUAUUUCUGAAAAUACCCAGAAAAUAUAUCCCUAAUUUUCUACAAAAUGAGGAAAAUAACUACCCUAAAACCUCCAAAGAUUACAACAUUUUUUCUUUUUUUGUUCAUAAUUCCAACUGCAUUGUCAGAUCUUUCUUCAAGUAGAUCAGCACUAAUUUCUUUAUCAUCUGCUGUGGGUGGUCGUACUCUUUUAUGGAACACUUCAACCAUAAACCCUUGUUCAUGGUCAGGUGUUCAGUGCAAAAACGACACUGUUUUAGGCCUUCAUUUACCUGGGUUUUCUUUAACUGGUGAAAUCCCACAUGGGGUUUUUUCCAAUUUAACAUCCCUUAAAACUCUUAGUCUUCGUUUCAACAAACUUUCAGGAAAUUUACCUUCAGAUCUUGCUUUAUGUUCUGAGUUAAGGAACAUUUAUUUGCAAGAUAAUGAAUUUGUGGGUGAAAUCCCAGAAUUUAUUUCUUCUCUUAAGAAUUUGGUUAGGUUGAAUUUGGGUAAUAAUAAUUUUAGUGGAGAAGUUCCUGAAUCUUUGAAGAAUCUGAAAAGGUUGAAGACAUUGUAUCUUCAAGAUAAUAAUUUAUUUGGGUUUAUGCCAGAAUUAAAAUUGCAAUUAGACCAAUUUAAUGUUUCUAAUAAUAAAUUAAAUGGGUCAAUUCCUGUUAGCCUUAGUUCUAUGCCUGUCACAGCCUUUGAAGGUACUGAACUUUGUGGAAAACCUCUUCAAAUUUGCCCUGGAAUUGCUGCAGGUACUGGUAUAUUAACUGGAGAACAAAGGAGAAAAAAGAAGGGUCUGUCGGGCGGAGCGAUUGCAGGGAUUGUGAUUGGAGCUGUUGUGGCCUUUGCUUUGAUUUUGAUGAUCAUUGUGUUUAUAUGUGGUAAGAAGAGGAGUAGGAAGAGCAAUGCAAUUGAUCUUGCGUCAAUUAAUAAGCAGUUGGGGAUUGAGAUUCCGGAGGAUAAGCCUGUUGGGGAUGCCGAUAAUGGUGGGUUGGGAAGCGGGUAUUCAGUUUCGGCAAUGGCAGCAGCUGCCAUGGCGAACAAUGGAAGUGCGAAAAUAGAUGAGGUGAAUGGAGGACUAAACAAAAAGUUGGUGUUUUUUGGAAAUGGAAUCGGUGGUAAGACAUUUGAUUUGGAAGAGUUGUUGAGAGCUUCGGCUGAAGUUUUAGGGAAAGGUACGUUUGGGACAGCGUAUAAGGCGGUUCUAGAGUUGGGGACUGUGGUUUCCGUAAAGAGGUUGAAGGAUGUGAUUCUUGAAGAGAAAGAAUUUAAGGAGAAAAUCGAAGCUGUUGGUGCAAUGGAAAAUGAGUAUUUGGUUCCUCUUCGAGCAUAUUAUUACAGUCAGGAUGAGAAGCUCCUUGUUUAUGAUUACAUGCCCAUGGGAAGUUUGUCUGCGUUUUUACAUGGAAACAAAGGAGCUAGUAAGACUCCGCUAAACUGGGAAAUGAGGUCAAGCAUUGCCCUAGGAGUAGCUCGUGGUAUUACAUAUCUACAUUCUCGAGGCUCUAAUUUCUGCCACGGGAAUAUCAAAUCAUCCAAUGUCCUCCUCACAAAAACUUACGAGCCUCGUGUGUCUGACUUCGGCUUAGCACAGCUCGUGGGCCCAUCAACCACUCCAACCCGAGUCAAUGGGUACCGUGCACCAGAAGUAACAGAACCUCGAAAAGUAUCCCAAAAAGCAGAUGUGUACAGCUUCGGGGUGCUACUCUUAGAACUCCUAACCGGCAAAGCACCAACACACGCUCUCUUAAACGAAGAAGGGGUCGAUCUACCAAGAUGGGUACAAUCCGUUGUGAGAGACGAUUGGGCUUCAGAGGUGUUCGAUCUAGAACUGCUUAGGUAUACACAUGCCGAGGAAGAGAUGGUCGAGCUCUUGCAGCUCGCUGUAGACUGUGCGGCCCAGUACCCGGACGCCCGCCCCUCAAUGCAAGAAGUAAUCGACCGAAUCGACAAGCUUUGUAGUGCUAGUGAUCCAAACAAUCCCUCAUUUGUUGAUGCAGAUGACAGAUCUUUCCAUUGAAAAAUUGGAUCAUCCAACUGUUUCAACGGUCUUUAUUUUAAAAAAAUUAUUUAUUUUUAAUUUGUUUUUUAAGUGGGGUAGUGAUGAAACAUGUGAAGUAGUAGUUGUUAGAGACAUGAAUUGAUUUGGGUGGCUGUAAUUAUAAGUGAGAUAGUGAGUGUGGUAACUGGUUACUUUACAGCAGAUUACGCCCAUUUUCAUAUUGUGUUGUUAGACAUCUUUAGUUUUAUUGGCGAUGAUGGGGUAUGCUAUCCAAUUGGAGUACUAUCUUAAUUUGAUGACAAUCUUUGUUUUGCAUGCC